AAUGUUCAUGCAAUCAAAUAAUUCCAUGCCUUUAAGUCACCAUGAUGAGCUGUAGUAAAUGAUAAAGGGACUACUUCAUUCGACUGUUUCGUCUUGAAUUUUGUUUUGACGUUUUAUUGGGCGACAAUGGUCUACCGGCAAUGAAGCAGAUACUGGACAAUCCGGUGGAGAAAAAGCGCCAACUUCUGGUGCAGCGUCGAUUAAAAUGUGUUUAUAUCCAAAACAACCGUAAAAUGCAUUCGGGUUCAUCCUGGACUGGUUUAUUAAGGGGCACUUUGCAACUCUUUGAAGUGACAGAUUGAAAUGUGAAGAUGCCUGGUCUGCAGAGUGAACAUGUGGGGAGCCCCAUCAAGAGGAGCAAACUGUCUCUGAAGUUCUUCCAGAAGACGGAAACCAAACGAGCCUUGGAUUUCUCGGAACCUCAAGCAGAUGAUGCCAACAGCUGUGAUCAGGUGGUGCCGGCUCCAUCUCUGCUACCGAGCUCGCCCGAUGACCUCCCGCUGUCAUGUCGGAGGCUAGAGGACACGUUGCCAUUUGUGGGGCUCCUCAAUGAGGGCAACACCUGUUAUCUGAACAGCAUCUUGCAGGUCCUCUAUCACUGUCCAGGCCUGAAAGAGGGAAUCAAGUCCUUAUACAAGUUGUCGACAAAGAAUGCUACAUCCACUGAAGAAACAAAACAAUGUGAAGAGGUUAGCACACAUCCAGCAGGGGAUGCUGCAGAGGAUGUAUCUGCACACAUGGAGCUCCUGGAGAGCUUCCACAGUCUGAUAAGUUCCGUGGAGCAGCUGCAGUCCAACUUUCUGCUCAGCACCGACAGCUUCAAUGAGCUCAACACGUCACCUCGUAAAGUACUGAACACGCUCAGGCAACUGAAUCCCAUGUAUGAAGGCUAUCUUCAACAUGAUGCCCAAGAGGUUCUGCAGUGCAUCCUGGAAUACAUCCAGGAGGCCUGCAACACCAUCAGGAAGGAACACAAACCGACCCAAGCGGAACUUGGAAGCGGUUCAAUGGCAGAAUCACAAAAAGGCCAAGAUGAGGACGCUCAAGUGAGUGGAAAAAGGAAAAGUGACGCAGAGAUGGGGAAUGCCAAAAAGAAGCCCAAGUCGAGGAAAUCUGGAGCGGAGGUCGAGCGCUUGUUCAGCACCCCCGUCACCCGCUCCAAAAGUAAGCUAGCCCAUGACAACACAAUGGGCAAAGCUGGAGAGAAAGAGGAGACGAAGGAAGGGAAAGAGAAAGAAGGAGGCAGUGGGGAGGAGAAAACAUUCCAAGUGGCUGACAGGAAAAAGAAGAAACGCCGUAAAAUGGGCUGGCGGAGGCCUGCUAAGAAACAGCCCAGCAUCAUGUCCAUGUUUCGUACUGUCGGAAAACUCACUUCCACGUUCGCCAAAAUCUCAACCAAAACGGAGAAUGACAACGAUGAAGUCCAACCUAAGGAUGAGAAGAAGUACGAGGGGGUCAUGCUUCCAAAUGAGAACCAGGUCCACAAGACGCCGGCUCAUCAAGGUGCUUCUGCAGAUGGUCUAGACCUGAUGGAGCGCUUGUUCCACGGCCAGCUGGUUCUACGGACUCGCUGUCUGGAGUGCGAAAGCUUCACUGAGAGGCGAGAAGACUUCCAGGACAUCAGUGUCCCCGUGCUGGAAGAGCAGCCCGGCAGCCCGGACCAUCUGUCUUCGGUUUCUCCAUACCCCAAACCAGAAGAGAAGACCCUGAAAUGGGCCAUUGGGCAGUUUGCCUCGGUGGAGCGCAUCGCCGGAGAGGACAAAUACUUCUGUGACGCGUGUCGCCAUUACGCAGAGGCCGAGAGGAGUCUUCUCUUUGACCAGACUCCCGAAGUGGUCACCAUUCACUUGAAGCGCUUCUCCGCCAGCGGUUUGGAAAUGGAGCCGUACGCCUGUCUGUCCAAGGUGACCACGCCCUUGCAGACGCCCUUGACCUUGUCUCUGGAAGAGUGGUGCACGCCGCGCUCGUCCAGCGGAGGCCACUCCUACAAGCUCUUUGCCGUGGUCAUGCACAGCGGCGUGUCCAUCGGCAGCGGCCACUACACCGCUUACAUCCAUAUGAGCGACCUGAAAGACGCCGAGCUCCGGCUGCGUGAAAGCCAGCAGCUGCCCGAGACCAAAGACGCCUGGGACGACAGCGACGGCGAGGUCUCCGUCGGGCGACCCUCCGGCUCUGCUUGCGGCAAAGCACAAAGUAAGAAGGCUCCGGAGUGCGGGCUCGGACUCUUGGGAGGUCAGCGCAGUCGCACCGGCGUCGAGCAAGAAGAGAGAGCAACUGACGGCGACAAACCGAAGCGGAGAAAAACUCAAAAACCAAAUGCUGAAGUCCAGCUUGAGGCUGGAGAGAAGAGCGGAACAACUUCCAGUGAGGAAGAGCAAGGCUGGAAAGAGCAAGCCUGGAAAGAGCAGGCUUUAAACAAUCUCCUUCAGUACGAAGGCAAAUGGCUACUGUUUGAUGAUUCCGAAGUGCGUUUGUUUGAGGAAAAAGAUGUUCUCAGAGCCUGCUGCCUUCAGACCUGCUCCUCUUCAACACCCUACUUGCUCUUUUACAAGAGAGUAGUCGAGUCGGCACAUUGACAACAGCACCGUCCGUCCGUCUUCGACCCUGAAAUGUACUUUUGUGUAUAUUCUCGGAUAAUAAACGGAACUUUGUGGGCUUAAUUGCACUUAGUUGUAAAUGUUCAUCUUCAAACAUCUGUAGCAAAGUUCCCUCAGGUUUUAUUUUGGAUUUGAAACCCCUGGAUUUUAUUUUUUUUAAUCAAUUUCUAUCACUGUCAGUGUACGUUUCGUAGAUUUCUCAUUAGGUGAUUUUUUUUGAGGGGGGGGGGGGGGGGGGGCACUUGGUUAAUCUUUACUUUAAGUUUCCUGAAAAUGAUGUACCAUCAAAGUGGUGAAUUAAAGCUGACGUAUCAAUCUAAAGCCGUCCUUUUUACAUCAUUUGGAUGAGACAUAAAUGGAUCAUCAGCCAUAGGCAUGAACAUUAAAAUAUUUAUUUUGUAAAAUAUUUCAAAUGAACAAAACAGAACUACAUAAAAUUAUACAUUUUCAGUACCUAACUUUAAAACAUUGUUGUUUUAACAAAAAUGCGUUAAAGCAAUACGAUAAAUAACUUUGUUUUGCAAAUUUGAAUUUCUUCACCACUUCCCCAACUUUCAAGUUGUGAAAUGUAUUGCUACAACAAAA